AUGUGCAGAAUAAAACCAAGGGGAACACCAUUUCGAUUGUUACACGGAUAUUAUCCAAGUUUCCAUGAUGGAAUGCUAAGACAUUUAGUAACUGAGGAACAACCAAACGGAUGUACUAAACUGCAAGAAAGGCCAGAGAAACAAUUGAAAAAGAACAAAGAGUAUGGAAGACCAGAUAUGAUGCCAAACACAUUACAACCAAGCCCAAUAUAA